UUUCGAGCUAACUAUUAUUCGUUACACUUUAUUAAUUACCAAGCAUCUAAUCGCAGUCAAUUUUCUGUGCAUUACCGUACAUUAAGUAUUAGCGAAUGUUAAUUUCCUGUCUUGCAGAUCUUCAGGUAGUGGAAACUGCAUCGAUACAUUUAAUAAUAUUAUUUUACUGAGGCAAACAAUUCAUACAACAACUAGCUAUGCUUUAUAAUUAAUAGAGAACAACUAUUAUAAGUUGUGUCUCGUACGGCGCCAACCGAAGCGGAAAGAAAUAAUUGCUCAACUCUUCGGGUAAUUUAUUAGGGAAAUGCUGUACUAGAUGUAUGCACAUUCGUGUAAGGUUCGGAAUAUGUUUGAUCAUUACUAUAUGCACGGUGGUCUAGGAAGAAUGAUGGAAGAUUCCCAUUUUAACUCCUCGUACUUCUGGUCUCCAGUUCCAACAGUGCAAGGACAGAUCGAAAACGCCAUGUUUCUGAACAAGAUGAAAGAACAGCUGGGCCCUGACAAGAACCCCUCUUUCCCUCACCCCUCCCAUUACCCCACCACUGUGCUCACUAUGCCAGGCUCAGUCACUAUGGACACAGCAGGGCGGACACCUAAGCAAGAGGGAGGAGGUGGCACCUCACUGGCAGUCAGUGGCCACCUCCACCCUCCACAUACCACCCAGAACAUCACCGUGGUGCCAGUGCCCUCCUCCGGUAUCAUGACGGCAGCUGGGCUGGUAAUCACCACUCCCCAAGGUACACUGGUCUCCCCUCCAUCCUCGUCACAGUCCUUUGUCUCUGGACAUCCUACGACAACCAUGAUAGUGUCAACACUACAUGCCCCGAGUACAGACAAGAAAGAUGACAUUGGUAUUUCCCCAGCUGUCGUCAUGCCGACGCCCUCUAAGCGGGGCCGGAAGAAGAAGACAGAGCUGUCUCGUGCAGGCACCACCCCGGGCGGCCACCCCCUCUCCUCCGGAAGUGACGCGCUCAUCUUGGCACACCUGGCAGCAGGGGGGCAGCACCACACCGCUGACCCAUAUGACCUUUCGAAUGAUGAGGACGACCAUGGCAGCAAAGACAGCAGCAAGUCUUACAGGUGCCGGAUGUGUGCGGUGACCUUCUUCAGUAAGUCAGACAUGCAGAUCCACGCCAAGUCGCACACAGAGGCCAAACCGCACAAAUGCCCGCAUUGCUCCAAGUCCUUCGCCAACUCCAGCUACCUGGCGCAGCACAUCCGCAUCCACAGCGGGGCCAAGCCCUACACCUGCUCCUUCUGCCAGAAAUCGUUCAGGCAGCUCAGUCACUUACAGCAGCACACACGAAACCAUACAGAGGCCAAACCGCACAAAUGCCCCCAUUGCUCCAAGUCUUUCGCCAACUCCAGCUACCUGGCGCAGCACAUCCGCAUCCACACAGGGGUGAAGCCCUACACCUGCUCCUUCUGCCAGAAAUCGUUCAGGCAGCUCAGUCACCUGCAGCAACACAACAGGAUCCACACUGGAGACAGACCUUAUAAAUGUGUGCAUCCAGGAUGCGACAAAGCCUUCACACAGCUGUCCAACCUGCAGUCCCACCGGCGGCAGCACAAUAAGGACAAGCCGUUUAAAUGUCACAACUGCAACCGGGGCUACACGGACUCAGCCAGCCUGGAGGUGCACCUGUCCACCCACACGGUCAAGCACGCCAAGCUGUUCUCCUGUGGCCUGUGCAAUCGCACGUACACGUCGGAGACGUACCUAAUGAAACACAUGAGGAAGCACAACCCUGACCCCCUGAGCGCGGCUGCUGUUGUCUCCGCUCAGCAAUCGCAGCAGCAGCCCCAAGGCGGUGGGGGGCAGAGCCGGGGGGAACGAGGAGAGAGUGGAGUGGGAGUAGCGGGAUCCAACACUGGGGCUGGGGGUGGCCAGGCUCAGAACCAAGGCAACCACAACACCCCCAGCAGUUACCCACAGGCGGACGUCGUACCCUGCCCCUUUGACCUCCACCAAUACAAGACAGUGUCGGCUGGGGACAUCCAGUACAAGCCGGUGAGCGUGGCUGAACUGACGGCCCACAAGGACCUCUGCCUGACUGUCUCAACCUCAACCAUCCAGGUGGAACACCUCAACUCAUAGAGCAAAUGGCAGAGAAUGGCGUGGAGGAACGCGCAAACUGUACAGAGUGCGCUACGGUGAGCGUGGUAUUUAUAGGAAUAAGGACUGACGAAGAGGACGAUGUGCGUCUUGGGGUGGUGGUAUGUCCAAACCCCCCUCACAUGCACGCACACGCACCUUGCAGCGAAAGGAGAAUCAUGAGAGGAAUGACAGUGAUGGAGGAGUAGAGAUGUGGAAGGAUGAGCACCAUCAAGCAAGAGGCUGUGAGAGAAAGGGACCUACAUUUUGUUCUUUUUUUAUCAGUUUUUCAUUUUUUAUUGUUCUUAGUUUAAUUUUAAUGUUUUUCCUUGUCAUAUUGGUAUAGUUGAAAAUGGAAGGAAGUAUGAGUGAGCCAAGUGAGCGACUGAGAAGAGAAUGAAUGAUGAACAAGGAAUAAAUGAAGAGAGAUUUGUAAAGUUUAAUAUUUUUUUGGGAUAUUUUAUAUCUUCCCGCUCUUCCCUGGAAAACCUACAUCAGCAAAGGUGGCUAUAAAAAUUAUGGAAUAUCAAUAGUAUUCAUGACAGUUGCCAAGCACUCUGUGAAAGUCUGUUUUUAUACUUUCAUACAGAUAGCUGUAGCUUAUUAUUUCAAUAAAAUUAGUCUGAACUGUUACUGUAAAAUGUAAGAUGCUGGCAAAAAGUGAUAAAAGGGAAAAUUAUGCUUCUAGGAAAUUAAAAGUAUAUUAGAAAGAAAUUAUAUUAUAUAUAUAAUAAAUCGGGGUUUCCCCUGUGGGAGGGGUAGUUGGUUGAGUUAUUUUAAACCGGUAACAAAAUGUAAACUGCACAUUCCGCCAACAGGACCCUUCAGUUUCGUCUUGUUUCUUUAAAUGUUGCACUGGUUACUAUCCCAGACUCGCCCAUAUGGUGCAGAUCGUCACGCUGACAGAGUACUGUGGGGAAACCCUGUAUAUCAGUGUGUUAAAAAGAUUCACACACAAAAAAAUCCUAAUACAUGUAUCCUGCCAUCAGCCAGUUACAGAGUCUACAUUUAGCCCUCGGUUAUGUUUGAGAAUGGUUUCGAUCGGCUGGUGCUUGUUAUGUGUAAUCCUUGUAGUAUUUCAUUAUGUGUCUAAAAUAACAUGGUUUUCAAAAUGAUUAUUCUUAAUAUUAUUAUUGCUCACUAUGUCUGCUGAAAUGAACUACAGCUAUAAUGAUGUCGAUGCUCCAUACUGUGUAGCCUGAUGCAUCUGAAUUGACUGUUUCCCCUUACAAACCAAUAAAAGACAGAUGGAUACCGA